AUGGCGGAUCUAAAAUCGCCGCCGUUUAGUGACAUUAAAAGACCUGAGGAAGUCGUGAGGAUGACGACUAACGAUAGUCUCAAAUUUGCAGUUCUUAUCGGGCUGAUAGAAGUCGGACAGGUAACCAACCGGGAGGUGGUGAACACUGUUCUACACCUGGUCUUGAAUCGUAGGAUCGCGCCGUCCUCGCUGACACCAGCGGCCGGCGAGUGCUGUUUGUUU